UCAUGGAUGGUCGAUGGUCGUAGGGCGCAGUUGAAGAUCUUGUUGAACCCUAGCCAUCCGUUUUCCUGCACUGACUAUUUAAUAAUAAACUGUGAUACCGCACUGGAAGAGUGCUCUCCUCCGUUAAGUAUUUAUACCUUAGCUCCUCGAGUAUGCCUGUGUAACCAACGAGAAAGCCUCCUAACCCCCUUCGAUUCCGUAAUAUUCCACCCGUUUUGCUAUCCCAGCAUCACUUCCUCUUGGAUUCCUCUAUCAAAACAGCUUACCCAGUCUACCUGUCUUUCUCAAAACACACAAUGCGGCUAUCUCACACCAUGAGCACCCUCCUGCUUCUCGCUCACGCCGCAAUCGCCUCCGCUCUUCCAAUCUCAGCCGAGAACGCCAACGAAUUGAACAAGCGAAUGGACCAAUUCGAGAUCUCCUGGCUCAGCGCCCCAAAUGAAGCCGGCGCAGAAGAGCCCGCGCAACGCCGUGCUGUGCUGAAAGAUGAAGCACCUAAUAACAUCGACAAACGCCUUCCGAAAUUGGGCAUGUGGGCCAGCCCCAAGGAAGAGGUUAUGUUUAUGGAUAACAAGGAGCCCGCUUCUGGGGCUUUGGCUGCUAGGCACUAAGCACGAUGAUUGAAUGAAUGGGUGAGAUGUUCCUUCGGUUUGCUUGCGAGGAGGGGUUGUUUCGGUGGACUGGAAAAGUUAUGCAUAUCAUGAAGGAAGCGGACGUGGUGCGGGUGCAAGAUUGAUCUUUGGACAUUUUCGGGCUUGCUGGGUGAUGGGAAAGAUAGGAGUAACAGCGCAUCUGGGUAGGUGGGGAAAGGAUUUACUCUUCGAUGGGGGAGCCUAAGAAUCUAGCAAAGGAAAUUCAUAGUUUAAUCGUGUUGGUAGGGAGUGAGGACUGGGAGGCAACUUUCU